GUCAACACGAGAUCCGGAAGCUGGCAGUCUUCCGUGCAUCAUUAUCAAGAAACCUAGUUUCUGAAUGGGAGGCUGAUGACGCCUAGCCCACACUCGCACGACUAUAGCGGUUGUGGCUGUCGCAUUUAACAAUGGCGUUGCGCUGGAGCGGUCUCGUACGUGCCUUGCGUGCCUUGCGCGAAGAUUUGGUGUCACUGCUCUCUGUAGACAGCGCCAUGUCAGGUCUUGAUGUACCCCGUCAUUCGCUUGAUCCUCUCCCCAAGGGUCUGCCCGCACGACGAUCCCCAUGGUCGCCGUCGCCUUCUCACAUUCCUGGUGUUCAAAGGCCUCACGGCAGAAACCAGUGGUCCAAAAUGCCAGACGAUGACGACCGACCUUCCAACUCCGAUAUAAGGCACGAUGUCUGGCUUCUUUACAACGAGCAAGCCUCAAGAUGGCGCAAGGAGUUCGUUGAAGACUGGAACAAGAAGAUGGACGCCCUACUCCUCUUUGCGACUCUUUUCUCCGCCGUCAUAACCGCGUUUGUAGUCCUGUCAUAUUCAAGUCUUCGCCCCGACCUCCUUCAGCAAAUCGCCGCCUCAUUGAACGCAAGUCAAACCGUCCAGUCGGUUCAAGCCUCAACAGAACCCGUCCCAGACAGCAGCACCACCUUCAUCCCAGAGGCCUACGCCAUUCGCGUCAACACCUUCUGGUUCGCAAGCCUUGUAAUUAGCGUCUCCGUCGCCUUUCUCACCAUCCUCGCCAAGCAAUGGAUGACGAACUUCGACGGCGACCUCCACCCCUCGGUUGAGGGCCGUGGCCGGCAACUUCAGUAUCGCUACGACAACGCGCGCGCGUGGAGCCUCACUUCUUCGCUGAAGUGUCUCCCUAUCCUACUGCACGUGUCGCUAAUGUUGUUCUACGCCGGCUUGAUCGACUUCCUCUGGGAAACCAACUCCACCGUCGCCCUUGUGGCAACGGUCCUCAUCGGGUUGACUGUCGCGAUCUACAUCGCUGCCUACUACGUGCUCUCGCACCUGUCGUGGACGGUUAAUUUCCUCCGGCGGUCGAUCUACAUCUUACUGAAGAUCACAAACCUGCUACUCAAAUUCUACCGCGGCUUCCUGCGCGUGCUCUCCUGGUGCGGCGUCGAAAUUCCGCUUUGGCUCGUGUACCCCGCACGGGGGCAGCGCAUGGAGUACAUCAUGUACGGGUACGCCGCGCCCCUCGUCGACUCGCAUUCGCGCGAGAUCAACUACAUCUUCUCCAACCCGGACCUCAUGGAUUCGCGCGUCCUCUCGCGCAUGGUCGCCUCCUUCCAGGCUGGCCUGUCCGACCACGAUGCCGAGUUGCUCGUGCACACAAUCGUGCGCUUCCCGCUCCUGACCACGUACCGCGACCUCUUUAUCGACGCCGGCACCGUGCGCUUUUUGACCCAGUGGCUGCGUUGGCACGAGGAAUUCGAGUACGCUGAGUUUACCCAACCCAUGCAGAGGGAGUUUGCGCUCGUCGAGCGUGCCCUCGCGCGGCUCCUGACGGAGGUCAUCGAGCCAGAGGACGACUCGCGGGCGACUCUUUCCCUGUGGGGCCCGCCACGGACGUACAAGCUACCGCAGGAGACGAUGUCGCACAACGCUGACCUAGCGCUGCGGACACUCAAGCUCUCUCACCUCGAUGAAAGUGGGGAGGGUGAAAACCCCGGUAACAUCAUCCUGUUCGCACACAGACUCAGGCUGCAGCUCGUCGCAUCCCCUCUCGAUUGGUCUGUGGGACCCCUCAAAGCCUCCGUGAAGGGGUUCUAUGGCCGUCUGUCGGCUUACCAGACGCUGACCCACUCAGAGCUAAGGAGCGAGGACAUGAUGUCGCUCGUCAACACUGCGAUCUACGUCGCCACGCGUGUUAUUGACCCGCAGCAGUGGAUCAAGCCGACGGACGUUGUCGCCGAGCGCAUCGAGCACAAACAUGGCGCCCUCGACGCACUUGCCGCGCUCGUCUUAAACAACCCCGGGCUCGACUUCGCGUUAGUGAGGCAGAUCUGUUGGGCCCUCUGCGUGCUCUCCAUCCCCGAGCGCAGGCUCAUCCCGAAGUUCAACGACUUCCAUUUGUUAAUCACCCAGGUGCGCUCCACUCACAAGCUGCUGGACCCGCUCCAGCGGAAUGUCCUGGCUCCCGCAAAGCAGGACGCUGUCAUGCUCCAUGCGGUGCUUGCUGUCUUUGAGGAGCUUCUCUAUUCGACCUCUGCCGCCCGCCUCACAUCCGCCCCUACCUCUGACUCGGACGCCCUCGAUGAUCCCGAGAAUGCCGACCGCACCCAACUCCUCACGGCACUCAUCGCGCGGUAUCUUACCUUCCUGCAAGACCUUCGAGACGAGCUCGAACAAUCUUGGACCUUUCCCACCGAGCAGAGUCCCACCGGGAGUUGGCAGCAUGGUUCGUUCUCCCUGCACGACUCACUGCGUCUCCUCCAGCGCAUCGUUCGCAUUUCUGGAUUCCUUGGCUACUACUGCCUUACCGGCCUGGGUACCCUGAAGAUUGACCGGGAGCAGAUUACUCGCACGACGCUCGAGAUCCUGCAGUUCAUGUGCACCUACGACCCCGCAGAUAAUGGCUCUGAAGACCAGAUUGCAGUGCACCGCGUUGUGUAUGGUGCUGCCUGCCGGUUCACAGUCCUCAAUUGUGACGUGGAGACGCCGAUCGUACCGCCUGCGAACGAAUUUAUCUUCGACAACUACUCCGCGAGUGUUGCCGCGGAGCAGAUGGUGGCAGCACUUCGACUCGUCGCGUCUGCAGAAUCCGAGCCGCCGGAGUCGGUCAAUAAUGUGCUCGCUAUGGUGGCGGACCUGCGGUACAUCUCGAGCCACCCGAGGUUUCGCGCGGAAAUCCUGGCGUACUUGAGAAGUCCGAAGUCAGAUAUGCCGGAGCUACUCGACUUGCUGGUCGAGAAACACUGUGGCACUGAGGCUCGCGAGGCGAUCGACACGCUCAAUGGGACUGGGGUGUUGGAGAGACCGCGAAUCGCGCCUCCGAGACGGAUGCCCCGCGCGAGGAGAUCAACACGCCCGAGGAUGGAUACUACCAAAGCGGGUAUCAGGUUGAAGGCACGAGAAUGAUCAUGUGCUUAUAGAUGGAUUGUACCGGGCUCCAAGCGUACGAAGAGGAAUGAGCUCGAGCACGCUUGCUGAUGACGCCUAAUAGAUUUUGAGCCUCGGACGAUGCCAAGGAGUCGGUCGAGUGCGGUAAGAGCGGGUGAUUGGCUGAGGGUAGCCUGCGAUCUUGGUCGUCUAUGGGCAUAAUGUUCA